AUGCGGCUCCUGUUGAGCGUCCUGUAUCCCGUCCUCUCCCUCACAGUCUUCGGAUUAUAUCCCUCCAUGACUAUCGGCCCAAAGGAGGGCUGGCAGGUGUACAGCUCUGCCCAAGAUGCUGACGGGCGCUGUAUCUGCACAGUGGUGGCACCAGAACAGAGCCUGUGCUCCAGAGAUGCCAAGAGCAGACAGCUCCGCCAGCUAUUGGAGAAGGUGCAGAAUAUGUCUCAGUCCAUUGAGGUGCUGAACCUGCGGACUCAGAGGGAUUUCCAAUAUGUAAUGAAGAUGGAGAACCAGAUGAAGGGCCUGAGGACCAAGUUCAGACAGAUUGAGGACGACAGGAAAUCCAUCAUAGCCAGGAACUUUCAGGAGCUUAAGGACAAGAUGGACGAGCUGAAGCCUUUGAUCCCCGUGCUGGAGCAGUACAAGAUGGAUGCUGCGCUCAUCACCCAGUUCAAGGAGGAGAUCAGGAACCUGUCGGCCGUGCUGACAGCCAUCCAGGAGGAGCUAGGGGCCUAUGACUAUGACGAGCUCUAUCAGCGAGUCCUGCGAUUGGACAGCAGGCUCCGCAGCUGCAUGGGCAAACUGACAUGUGGGAAAUUAAUGAAAAUCACUGGACCUGUAACAAUGAAGACAUCUGGAACCCGGUUUGGGGCAUGGAUGACUGAUCCUCUAGCAUCGACCAGAAACAACAGGAUUUGGUACAUGGACAGUUUCGCCAACAGCAAGAUCGUGCGCGAGUUUAAGACAAUGGAAGACUUUGUAGCGGGCGUCGUUUCUCGUACCUACAGUCUUCCAUUUAAAUGGGAGGGAACCAAUCACAUUGUGUACAAUGGAUCGCUUUACUACAACAAGUACCAGAGCAACAUUAUUGUCAAGUACAGCUUCGAGACGGGCAGCGUGCUGGCCCAGCGAGCUCUGGAGUUCGCCGGCUUCCACAACAUGUACCCUUACACGUGGGGCGGGUACUCCGACAUUGAUGUCAUGGCGGACGAACUGGGAAUGUGGGUCGUGUACGCGACCAAUCAGAACGCAGGAAAUGUCGUGGUCUCUCAGAUCGACCCUGACACCCUGCAUGUCCUGAAGACUUGGAACACUGGGUACUCCAAAAGGAACGCGGGUGAGUCAUUCAUGAUCUGUGGGACACUGUAUAUCACCAACUCCCACCUGUCAGGAGCGAAGGUUUACUACGCUUACUCUACCAAGACUUCAUCGUACGAGUACAUAGACAUUCCCUUCCACAACCAGUACUUUCAUAUCUCCAUGCUUGACUACAACCCAAGAGAGAGAGCACUGUACGCCUGGAAUAACGGACACCAGGUUAUAUUUAAUGUCACCCUCUUUCAUGUCAUAAAAACUGACGAUGACUCAUAG